AUGACCGUGUCUGAAACGACAUACCCAACACCAGAUGACGCCGCCGCCGUGCGCGCUGCAGAACGUCUCAUGGAGGAGACAAUGGCGCGCUAUGACCCAUCCCACGACGCGUAUCACGUGCGUCGCGUACGCAAGACUGCACUAAGCCUCGCACAAUCCGUACAGUCUCCCUCCACGCCGCCAGAUUUUCUGACAGUAGAACUUGCUGCGCUCCUGCACGACGUGCUUGACAAAAAAUACGUGCCCGAGAGCGCCGCUUCUGAUCCUUACGCGUACUUCCUUCCCUUCUUCCAGUCUCUCCGUGCUCUUGCCCCAUCAAUCGAUCUUAUUGCUGACGGUCGCGCGAAGACGAUCGCGAAGAUCGUUGAAAACGUCAGCUGGACGACUGAGAAAAAGCUGAGAAAUGACGGCAAGUGGGGCGAAUGGCAUGAGCACUGCAUCGAGCUGCACUGCACACAAGACGCCGAUCGGUUGGAUGCCAUCGGGGCCUUUGGCAUCAUGCGCUGUUCAGCCUUCAGCUCUGCGACGAACCGCGUCCUCCACGCACCGUCGGGAGACCCCAUUCAAAAUGAAACAGCGAUCCAGCAUUUCCACGACAAGCUGCUUCAUAUCCGCGAACGGAUGAAAACCGAGCCCGGCAAAAAGCUUGCAGAGAGACGCCACAAGCUGAUGCUGGACUUCUUGAGCGCCGUUGACGAAGAAUAUGAGGCUGCACUAUGA